GUCACGCCAUUUUCCAUCGACGGCAGAGAGAGGAAAUCAUCGAAGAAGCGCGGAUUGCCUGAGCUGUGAAUUGCAACAAUCACGAUCCAGUCAUGCAUCGUGACUGUCCUCUCGACUGCAAGGUCUAUGUCGGAAAUCUAGGCAACAAUGGAAACAAGACAGAGUUAGAGAGGUCAUUCGGCUACUAUGGUCCUCUCCGUAGUGUUUGGGUGGCCAGGAACCCCCCAGGCUUUGCCUUUGUAGAAUUUGAAGAUCCCAGAGAUGCAACUGAUGCAGUGCGUGAGCUUGACGGGAGGACACUGUGUGGUUGCCGGGUGCGAGUAGAGCUGUCCAAUGGUGAGAAGCGCAGCCGCACCCGUGGCGCCCCCCCUUCAUGGGGCAGGCGUCCGCGAGACCGGGACGAUUACAGGCGUCGCAGCCCACCGCCCAGACGAAGAUCCCCACGAAGGAGGAGCUUCAGCCGCAGUCGAAGCAGGUCUUUCUCCAGAGACAGGAGGAGGGAGAGGUCCCUCUCCCGGGACAGGAACCAUAAACCUUCAAGGUCCUUCUCACGAUCAAGGAGCCGCUCCAGGUCCACUGACAGAAAGUAGAGGAAUGUCUGUCAGGUGUAAUGGAAGCUGAAGAUGAGCGUUUGUACAGGCAUUGCCGUUUCAUUUGGUGAACUUCAACAUGGCCAUUGUGGUCGUUUUUGCGUUGAGUUUUUUAAACAGUUUGCAUUUUAGUGUCUCUUCCCUUGUAUGGUAAUUUUCAAAGACAUUGAGUGAGUGUGUACAAGUGUGAUGCCUCACCUAAGUCACGUCCAUCUCGUCAGUCCUGAAACAGUUGUGCCACCCAGCAUUCCAUUUCACCAGUUAAUCUCUGAAGAGCUUUGGUUUUUGUCAAUGAAUGUACUGUGUAGUUUGACUUAGUGUGAGUUCAUUUACAUCGUGUAGACGGCAGCAUUUUUAAUUUUUUUUUUUUUUUAAGGAAGGGUUGGGAUGAUUUGUAAGAAACUCCCUCCUGUUUGUCUGUGAAGCCAACCUAUUUUCCACCUGCUACUUUCUUACUUCAUACUGAAGGUUUCCAUCAGUUAAUGGUUGGUUGUUUGUAAUAAAUGCACCCCCUCGUUCAAAAUACAAAACUGUGGCAUUGAUUAAAAAAAGUGUUAAUGAAUGAACACAAGUCAUUUUUGUCUAUGACGUUUUCCAUUACUUUUCCUUUGUUUGAUACUCUGUGAAAUGAUCUCUCAAUUAAAAAUGCCAGUUUAUUAAAAAGA